CACACAUGAGUCAACAACUAUCAGCUAUAUAAGCCUGACCACUCAUGGAGCCUGGGCAUCAUACAAUCCUCACAUCUCAAAGCAGGUCUUGCACAACUGUCAAAAAAGGACUCCACAAACACAGGAAGCAUGUAUUUUCCAGCUCUUCUCUACACCUGCAUUUCAAGCAUGCUCUUUCUGAUUGAUGGCAUUCCCAUUCAUCCUCCGGACAGCCUCAAAAACGUCAUGCAGGUCAGACUGCAAGCAGACACUAUCAUCCACAGAAUUAAGGAACACAAUGAGAAGCUACGACUGCAUCCAAAUCUCCACAUUGGGAAUUCAGAGCUUGAUGUUCUUGCUGAAAAACCUAUCCGAGGGCUUGGGUCCAUCGUGGACACCCUAACUACCAUCCAGAAGGUUCUUCAAAAGCUGCCCAAGGGGCAUGUGAGCCAGUUACACAUUUCUGUGUCCAACCUUUUGGGUUACUUUAAUGAAAGGAUGACAUUUAUGCAUUGCACACCCAAGGAACCAGCAAAUGGGAGGUCACUGGAUGCUUUCUUAGAGGAAAACGCCAACCACCACAUUACUCUUGGGUACAGCACUUUAGACAUACUGAAAAAGUUCCUUCAAAAGCUGAUAGAUAACCUGGACCAGUUGAAGAACUGCUAAUCUGCCACUAUUAUAGCAUUAUAGUACACUAUUUAUUAUAUUUAUUUAAAACCCUGUAUAUUUAUAGACCAAAGCAGCAUGUGGCACAAUUUAA